AUGAAUCCAUCAAAAGUUAUUAGAAAGUAUUCUGUUGAGUUUGAAACUACUUUAAGCUCAGAAGAUCCAGACAUUGAUUUAAACAAAGUUAAAAUUACUACCAAGGUUUUAAAUGUUUCUGCAUUUGAAAAAGUUGAAGAUAUAGAAGAUAAAUCAGAUUUUGAUCGUGAUAUGGCCAAGGACCUUAUCAAAAAGUUGGUUUAUCCCGAUGAAUUUAAUAAAUUUAUUGAAUUGUUACAUAAACAAUCUGCCCGUAAUACAGUUGAUCAAAGUAAAACGAAUAGAUUUAUUGAAAGGUCGCGUAGAGAAGUAGCCAUGAAAUCAACUGAAUUAGAAACCAAAUGGGAAAAUAUUGAUAAGGAAAUGGAUUCGGAUUCAUCACCAUCACCUCCACCUCCUCAAACUCCAAUUCGAGAAUCAAAAAAGUUUGAAGUUAAAUCAGAUUCAUCAGAUCAGAGAAAAAUAUUAAAAGCAUUAUAUCAUGGUAAGAUCAAAAAACCAAAAAAGAAAGUCAAAGGUUCUAUUUCUGAUAUUAAGACAGUCAAACUAAAGAAAUCCAAAGGUUCUUCAUCAAGCAACUCUGAUUUUACUAGUUUAUAA